AUGUCCGAGGAGGUUGAAGGAACGACAGCUUCGGAAGAAGUGCAGGUAAAAUACAACGAGGCACUACAAUUUUAACACAGUAUCCACGGAUGGAGGAGGCUAGCACGAAGCUAGUUAGCUCAUAGCAACCAUGAUCUAAUGUCAUCAGCGAUACUACCACAAAAAGGCGCAUUUUCCGACACAUUAAAAAGUGACCCUGAUGUAUUGAGGGAAUAAAUGUUACCUUUUGCUGCUAAAACUACUGGGAAAUGUUUUGCUGGCUUUGUGAGGACGAGUCGGCCGAAUUUGCUAAGCAUACGGAUACUGGGCAAACACCGGCUGCUAUUUUAACCUGCAUUUUAUCAAAGUUAAACGUAAAUGUGAACGUGAGGUGAAACUGUAACUACACAUUACUGUUUCUUCAACUCAAAAUGUCCACUUGUUGAGGCUGCAUUCCUGUAGCUCCGUGUUUUUUGAUUUUCAACAGGAAAUGGAGGACAAAGUGAUCAGUCCAGAGAAAGCAGAGGAAGCCAAGCUGAAGGCGAGGUAUCCUAACCUUGGAGCCAAGCCUGGAGGCUCUGACCUGCUCAGAAAGAGACUUCAGAAGGGGGUGCGUUUCUCUCCUAAACUUGGGUGGCUAUACAUAUAUAUAUAAACCAAGGAUGUCAAACUCAACCACAGCAAGGGCCACAAUCUGGAUUUAAGUCUAACCUGAGGGCCCCACAGGGUCAACAUUUAACCCACAAUGUGAAAAAAAUCCAAUAGAUGAGUUCAAAAGAUCAGAACACGAUAUUAAAUAUAGAAAAAUAAUGCUUUUAAAGAGCAAAUACAUGAGGAGAAAGUUGAAAUCAUAAGUUUGAAAGGGCAAAAUAUGAGAAAAAUUGGAAUCUAAAGGAUUAAAAUGACAUAAAUCUAAAUACAGAGUUGAAAAAAACUCAAAGCACAAAAUAAAAGUUAAAUUAUGUUAGACUUGUAAUCUUGAAAAAUCUUGGAAAUAUGGGUAAAACACAAUUUUUUCCCCACAUUCUUGACUAUUUAUCAAAUCUUCUUUACUUUUUACUUUCCCAGAUUUUCAUGGUUUAUUAAGGAUAUUUUAAAUAAUGUUGCUAAAGUUUACAUUAUCAUCCUGGAGGAAAUCUGCAGACUUCAUACUGGUGGUCCAAUAAUAAUACAAAUAUGAUAUGAUCUCGUGGGCCAUGAAUAAUUGUUCCAUGGGACAGAUUUGACCCCCGGGCCUUGAGUUUGACACCUGUACUGUAAACAGUAGUAGUCAGAUCAUAAACUCAAUCUGAUUUUAUGUUUUUCCAGCAAAAAUACUUUGACUCUGGUGACUACAACAUGGCCAAGGCGAAAAUGAAGAAUAAGCAGUUGCCGUCUGCACCAACAGAGAAGACUGAAAUCACAGGAGGGCACAUCCCAACACCUCAGGACUUGCCUCAAAGAAAGACUUCAAUUGUGGCCAGUAAACUGGCUGGCUGA